AGAGAUACAGUCCCCAAAAAUCUUCGCACAAUCGUAACAAAACACAAAAAAGAAUUCAACUUUGAUCAGAUUCCUCACUGAUACACUCAAAUCCGUCGAUUCAAACAGCUAAAAAUUCAAUAGUUAUCACAAAAUCACAAAACUCACUGCAAUAACCGAUCAGAAAUUGAAAAAGAAUUGAAGAAAAAUGUCAUCUUGGAUCCCUCAACUCUUCAAUCCCUUCUCCGACGGCGAUGACAAUCCCAAUCCGCCUGAGCAUCCCCCACCCCAGAAAAGCCCCACCGCCGCCGCUAGGGAUGAUCUCACGGCCGUGUUCCGCGGCGUCGCCGCCUUUCUUGCGCCUCCCCCUGCGGCGGCGGCGGCGUCUGAGGCGGCUUCCUCAUCGGAGACAAUUGAGGGGAUUAAGAGUGAUUUGGCUGAAAUUCAGGGCACAUUCAGAUCAGGGCUGUCGUUGAUUUCAUCGAAGAUUAGUUCAAAUCUGCUGCAGCUCCAGAAUCAACUCGGUGAUAGAGAUGAUGGGAGUGAUGAUGGGGAAGAAGAGGAGGAAGAUGGAUUGGGAAUUAGUGAUGAGAUUUUGGAUUUUGUUUCGAAAAUCUCGAGGCGGCGGGAGCUGUGGACUGAUUUCCCUCUUUCCUUGCCUGAUGAUUUUCAUUUGUCGGAUUAUCAGAGAGAACAUGCGGAAAAUAUUGAACAUUUAGUACCCGACUUUGAGACGCUGAGGCAAAUAAUCUGCACUCAAAUGAGCACGGAGAAGUUUUGGCUUAUCUACUUUAUUCUACUUCUCCCCAGGUUGAAUGAAGAAGAUCUGAAGCUUCUCUCGACUCCACAGGUUGCCGAAGCAAGGGAGACACUUUUGAAGCAGCUUCAAAAUAAGAAUGAUCAAGAAACCUCCGAAGGCCCUGCAUCAUCUGAUACUAAGAAUACAUCCACCGAGACUGUAAAUCCAACUAAACCGGGAGAGACCGUUGAAGAACCUGAACCUGAAUCCGACCAUCAGCCUAAGGCAGUUGAGACACAUCCGCCAACUGAUGCUCAAAAGAAAUCCUUAAACGAGGAGGAUGUUUCGUUUAGUGAUCUUGAAGAUGACGAAGAUGAUGAUCCAUCGCAGAAGCAAUCAUCUGCACGCAGAGCAUCAACGAGCGACAAAACAUGGGUUCAACUGGACGAGAGCUCUGGAUCUCAGGGUCCUAAGCAGAACGCAGGCCAAGGUGUCUCGAAAGAUAAAGAAUCAGAAGGUGAAGACUCGAAUGACUGGCUCACCGUGGAUGAUACUGAUUUCGACAGCUUGGGAGCAGUGUGAAACGUCUCAUAUGUGUAAAUUUGUUUCUCCCUGCCUAUUUUUUUUUUUAACUUUUACAUUUGUGUAUAAAUUAGCUACCUUGAUAAUCAAAAGGUGGAUGGGUGUCAUCACAAUACAUGUCAAGAAAUUGCAGAUUCUUUCUUUCUUAUCA